GUGCCUCCACCCAGAAUUCUAACACUGUGGAGCCAGAGAAGCAGGUGGACAGCACUGUGAAGAUGGCUGGGGUGAUUGCUGGCCUCCUGAUGUUCAUCAUCAUUCUUCUGGGCGUGAUGCUUACCAUCAAACGGAGGAAGCUUGCCAAGAAGCAGAAGGAGACACAGAGUGGAGCCCAGAGGGAGAUGGGGCCUGUGGCCUCUGCUGAAAAACCCACCACCAAGCUCAGCACCAGCCGCAAUGAUGAAGGCUUCUCCUCUAGUUCUCAGGACAUUAAUGGAUUCAAUGGCAGCCGUGGGGAACUUUCCCAGCCCACCCUCACGAUCCAGACUCACCCGUACCGGACAUGUGAUCCUGUGGAGAUGAGUUACCCCCGGGACCAGUUCCAACCGGCCAUCCGGGUGGCCGACCUGCUGCAACACAUCACUCAGAUGAAGAGAGGUCAAGGCUACGGGUUCAAGGAGGAAUAUGAGGCCUUACCAGAGGGACAGACAGCUUCGUGGGACACAGCCAAGGAAGAUGAAAACCGCAAUAAGAAUCGAUAUGGGAACAUCAUAUCCUAUGACCACUCCCGGGUGAGGCUACUGGUGCUGGAUGGAGACCCACACUCUGAUUAUAUCAAUGCCAACUACAUUGAUGGAUACCAUCGGCCCCGGCACUAUAUUGCAACUCAAGGUCCCAUGCAGGAGACAGUAAAGGACUUUUGGAGAAUGAUCUGGCAGGAAAACUCUGCCAGCAUCGUCAUGGUUACAAACCUCGUGGAGGUGGGCAGGCACCCAGCGGAACACACUGUGGGAAAUGCCACGCUAGGCCGUGCGGCGUCCCCCGGAAUGGUGAAGUGUGUACGAUACUGGCCAGAUGACACGGAAGUCUAUGGAGACAUUAAAGUCACCCUGAUCGAAACAGAGCCCCUGGCAGAAUAUGUCAUCCGCACCUUCACAGUCCAGAAGAAAGGCUACCACGAGAUCCGGGAGCUCCGGCUCUUCCACUUCACCAGCUGGCCUGACCACGGUGUCCCCUGCUAUGCCACGGGCCUCCUGGGUUUCAUCCGCCAGGUCAAGUUCCUCAACCCUCCAGAAGCUGGGCCCAUAGUGGUCCAUUGCAGUGCUGGAGCCGGUAGGACUGGUUGCUUCAUUGCCAUUGACACCAUGCUUGACAUGGCUGAGAAUGAAGGGGUGGUGGACAUCUUCAAUUGCGUGCGUGAGCUCCGGGCACAGAGAGUCAACCUGGUGCAGACAGAGGAGCAGUAUGUGUUUGUGCAUGAUGCCAUCCUGGAAGCAUGCCUCUGUGGCAACACUGCCAUCCCUGUGUGUGAGUUCCGCUCUCUCUACUAUAACAUCAGCAGGCUGGAUCCCCAAACGAACUCCAGCCAGAUCAAAGAUGAGUUUCAGACACUAAACAUUGUGACCCCUCGUGUCCGGCCAGAGGAUUGUAGCAUUGGACUCCUGCCCCGGAACCAUGAUAAGAAUCGGAGCAUGGACGUCCUGCCUCUGGACCGCUGUCUGCCCUUCCUCAUUUCAGUGGAUGGAGAGUCCAGCAACUACAUCAAUGCAGCACUGAUGGAUAGCCACAAGCAGCCUGCCGCCUUUGUGGUCACUCAACACCCUCUUCCCAACACUGUGGCAGACUUCUGGAGGCUGGUGUUCGAUUAUAACUGCUCCUCUGUGGUGAUGCUGAAUGAGAUGGACACUGCUCAGCUCUGUAUGCAAUACUGGCCCGAGAAGACCUCUGGGUGCUAUGGACCCAUCCAGGUGGAGUUUGUCUCUGCAGACAUCGAUGAAGACAUCAUCCACAGAAUAUUCCGCAUCUGUAACAUGGCUCGGCCACAGGAUGGGUAUCGUAUAGUCCAGCACCUCCAGUACAUUGGCUGGCCUGCCUACCGGGACACACCUCCUUCCAAGCGCUCUCUACUCAAAGUAGUCCGACGACUGGAGAAGUGGCAGGAGCAGUAUGAUGGGAGGGAGGGACGCACUGUGGUCCACUGCCUAAAUGGGGGAGGCCGCAGUGGAACCUUCUGUGCCAUCUGCAGUGUGUGUGAGAUGAUCCAGCAGCAAAACAUUAUUGAUGUGUUUCACAUCGUGAAAACAUUGCGGAACAACAAAUCCAACAUGGUGGAGACCCUGGAACAGUAUAAAUUUGUAUACGAGGUGGCACUGGAAUAUUUAAGCUCCUUUUAG